AUGGACCAACUCAUCAACCUACUCGCCAAUGAAGAGGUCAUUGACGUGGAUGAGGAGUCAUUUCUCCUCUUCGCGCAGGACAUCCCAAGCAACAACCUGGGGAUGCUCAAUCCCCGUGCACCAUCAGUAGAAAUCUCCAUCAAUGACCAUGAAUACAUCAUUCAUCAAUCACCAGCAUUACUCUCCUCCCAUCGCGCGGGAGGAACUACAGGCGCCGAGCCAGCAAACCCAAGCACGGACUACUCCGUACUCCGCAGGUCAUUUACCCGAGUCCGAUGCCCAGACCAGGCCGAGGGUCGAGGCGUCGAAUUGUCCAAUCCGAUGAUUGUCUGUGCCUCGGCUCUCGGGGAGGUCCUAUGGAAAAUCACCCCUUUAUUCGCAGAAUGGAUAACCAACCCCUCAAACCCGCUCUGGACAACCGCCCUCCUCAGCCAGACCUCAACAGUAGCCGAACUCGGCACCGGCAUCUCCGCACUAGUCGCGCUCGUCCUAGCCCCCUCCGUACGCCACUACAUCGCCACAGACCAAGAAUACGUGCGCAAGUUGUUCCGCACGAAUCUCGACGCUAAUGCAUCCGUCCCUGUCUCUAGCAACAACAACAGCAAAGCAAAAAGCAAGAGCAAGGCAUCCAAAUCAAAAUCAAAACCAACGACCGCCAAGCCUGUCACUAAUAUCUCCUUCACAACCCUGGACUGGGAGACUGACCAGGCCGCCUCUCUGAAAGAAUGUAUGGAUCUCGACGAGACUCACGGCGAGGAAGAAGGAGAAGGAGACGAAGAUAAAGGUUUCGACCUCCUGCUUUCCUGUGACUGCAUCUACAACGAAGCACUCGUGGCGCCGUUCGUGCGCACCUGCGCGGAGCUAUGUCGACUCCGGCCGGCGUAUGUGGCUGAGUCUGGGGAACUGCGGGAGCGCCGCAGACCGACGGUUUGUAUUAUUGCGCAGCAGCAGCGGUCGCCCGAUGUGUUUGAGACUUGGCUUAGGGAGGCGAUGCGGGAGUUUCGGGUUUGGAGGUUGAGGGAUGAUGUGCUUGGGGAGGGAUUGAGGAGUGGGUCUGGAUAUUUGGUGCAUUUGUUAUUGGUGAGGGAUAGAUAG